AGCGACGAGUGUGAGCCAGCGCGAGGCGAGCCAGCGAGCACUAUCGAGCACCAGCGAGCUUACUGUCCGCCGACGCAGCGUCGCGUUCGUUCAUUCAUCGCGCGUUUUCCUUGCGGACGGUGUGUCUUCCCGAUUCUCUCUCUCCCUCUCUCUCACUCUCUCUCUCUCUCUCUCUCCCGUCCCCGUUGUCAACGUGAGAGGUCAUCGUCACAGGCCGCGCGCUCCGAACGCGCAAGCAACACGAGAGAGAAGAAGAACAAGGUACUCUUUCCCCGAUCAUCCGCCACCGCCACUAUGACGAGAUCCGUCGGAUUCUGUUUGGCGGCAUUUUGCCUGCUCGGCGUCGCGACCACCCUCGCCAAGGUCGAGACCGAGGAUGGAGUCCUCGUGGUCACCAAGGACAACUUUGACAGCGUCAUUCAGGACAACGAAUACGUGCUUCUCGAGUUCUAUGCCCCGUGGUGUGGACACUGUAAGGCACUGGCACCGGAGUACGCUAAGGCGGCAAAGAAAUUGGAAGAAGACAACUCGCCGAUCAAAUUAGGCAAAAUAGAUGCGACGGUCGAGACAGCACUUACUGAGAAGCAUUUAGUGAGAGGAUAUCCCACUCUCAAAUUUUACCGCAAGGGGACCCAGCUUGAAUACACUGGUGGCCGUAAGGCCGACGAGAUUGUCAACUGGCUGCUGAAGAAGACUGGUCCGCCUGCCAAAGACCUACCCACAGUUGACGAAGCCAAGACAUUUAUCGAUGCGCACAAAGUCGUCAUUGUUGGAUUCUUUAAGGACGUCGAAAGUGAUGCUGCCAAGGUAUUUUUGGAAGUUGGUAGUAUGUCGGAUGAUCAUGCAUUUGGUAUUACAAGCGCCGAUGAGGUAUUGAGCGAAUAUGGAAUUGAAGAUGGAAAUAUCGUGCUUUUUAAGAAGUUUGAUGAAGGUAAAGCUGUCUUUGAUGGAGAGUUCACAAUUGCAGCUGUACAGAACUUUAUCUCUGUAUAUGCGUUGCCCUUGGUUGUCGAGUUUAAUCAGGACACAGCGCAAAAGAUUUUCAGUGGAGAUGUUAAAAGCCACUUACUGGUUUUCCUCAGUAAAGAAGCUGGUCACUUUGAGAAAUAUGUCGAAGGAAUUCAGGAACCGGCGAAGAAAUACCGUGGCGAAGUUCUGUUUGUGACGAUCGACUGUGACGAAAGUGAUCACGAACGUAUUUUGGAGUUCUUUGGUUUGAAAAAAGACGAGGUACCUGCUAUGCGGAUCAUCAAGCUCGAACAGGACAUGGCCAAGUAUAAGCCCGAUAAUCCAGAGAUAACCGCCGAAAAUGUUUUGAAAUUUGUCACCGAUUUCACGGAGGGCAAUUUGAAACGACACCUUCUUACGCAAGAAUUGCCGGAAGAUUGGGACAAAACUCCGGUUAAGGUUCUCGUCGGCACAAACUUCCACGAAAUUGCCUUUGAUAAAGAAAAGGAUGUCCUCGUUGAAUUCUAUGCACCCUGGUGCGGUCAUUGUCAGCAACUAGCGCCCAUUUAUGAGAAACUUGGUGAAAAAUAUAAGGACAAUGACAAGUUGGUCAUUGCAAAAAUGGAUGCCACUGCUAACGAGUUGGAGGAUGUGAAAGUAGUCAAUUUCCCCACGAUUACACUCUACAAGAAAGAGACAAAUGAGGCUGUGGAGUUUAACGGCGAGAGAACGCUCGAAGAUCUUUCCCAAUUUAUCGAAAGCGGUGGAGUACAUGGCCAAGCUGUAAAAGAGGCUCAGGAAGAAGAUGAGGACGAUGACGUGCCAAGGAAGGACGAGUUGUAAACGCACAUAAUCAUUAUUAUAAGAAGUAAAAUCAACAUUGACUCGUCUGUUGUAUUUCCUGCAUCCAGUCAAUGAACUCCAUAAUUUCCCGCUUUACAAAAAAUAUUUUAUUUCUUAUAAAAAGAAAACUCGGUGCAUCCUCACACAUUUGUUAUUUUAGGAAUUAAGUUUAACAACUAAAUGUCGCAGUGUACAAUUUGUAAUUAAGAAUUUGCGUUUGCGGUUUUCCAUAGGGUCAUUGUCACUGCCGAUAUUAACUUAAAUGGCAUAUUUUCGUGAUGCGUAGAAUCAUUUUGUUAUGUUGAUAAUAAAAUGCAAAUUAUAUAAACAGAAAAUUAUAAGUCA